GGUGUUGAUGGUGCUCGUGUUGAACGGAUUCUUGAAUUGGCAAAUAUUGCCGCAAACAAGAAUACAGUUCCUGGUGAUAAGAGCGCGUUUAUUCCAGGAGGACUUCGUGUUGGUACACCAGCUAUGACAACACGUGGUUUCAAAGAGUCUGAUUUUGAACAAGUCGCAGAAUUUAUUCAUCAAGGUGUUCAAAUAACUAAUGAUAUCUGCAAGAAAGACUUUAAGGAAUAUGUUGGAGAAGAUGGUUCUUCAGAACCUGUGAUAAAUGAGCUAAAACAUAAAGUUAUUGAUUUUGUAAAAAAGUUUCCUACCAUUGGUUUUGAAGAAAGUGAAAUGAAAUAUGCAUAA